CCCCUGCCCCCCGCGCCCCGCCCCUGCCCCAAGUCCGUCACCUUCUGCCCUCACUGUAAGUACGAGAAACCCUACCACCUCUCAGACCGCGACCUACGCUACUACUCAGACCCGGGACGAGACCCCAAAACGAAGAAAAAACCCAAACAAGACUCCACCGAUAGCGACCUAAAAUACUACUCCGAACCCGACGCCAAAAACUACUUCGAAAUCGACUACGAAUUCUUGAAAGAGCUGCGGAAAAUCGCUAGACACAACUGCCCUAAAUGCAGACGUAAAAGAUCCAGAAAUUAUAAAGAAACUAGAAAGGAGAAAACCAAAAAACCGACUAGACCUAAAGCGACUUACGUGUAUUGCAAUGGAAGAUACCAUAGCGAUCAGGAGCAUUGCCAGCUAUGCUGUCGCGUUUGUAACAAAUCUACAGACACGCUUGAUUCUAUAGAUGAUGAUCAGUACUCCCUUGUGUCUAAAAGCUAUAGCUUACCUUCUAGUCGAGCGACCACUAGCUCUAGAUCGCGAUCGACGCCUAAAAAAACUAGAGAGCGGAAGAAUUCCACGCAAUCCAUAAAAUCUGUUUCGUUCUUGGAAUCCAGCAAUGAGGAGUCUAGGAAGGAUGAACCGAACUAUACAGCUAAGAGUUUCACUAACGAUUUAAAACAGUUUCUGCUGAAACCGACUCCACCCCGCUUAAGUUUAAGAGACAAGUUUAUAAUCAGCUUCAAGCAAGAAUUCGAAGCGACCAAAAAAUCCCCAAAACUCAAAGCGAUUAAAGGUCUUUGGAAAUCCUAUUAA